AUGUCCAACCUCACCCAAGAACAAAUAAAAGUCCUCGAGCAAUCACGACAGCGUCUAGUGCAGCUUACUCGCUCACUAGGCUCGCUGAUCGCAAGUCUAAACCAAAGCGAUCCUCUUCCGCCAUGGACCUCCCUCCAAUCCCAAGCAAGCAUCAUCUCCAAUAACCUCAUCAGCGUCUCCGACCAACUCUCCGACCAACGCGACCUCCUCUCAAACCUAGUCGCCUACCCAGGUCCAGAGUACCCGGGCCGAACACAAGCAAACACCCUCGAACAACUCCUCCGCACAAAACUCGAUCCCCGCGUCGAAGACUGGGUUGCGCGCGGCCGCGCAGCAGGCACAGAGCCGUCCAAUUUCUCCGAUGAUGCGCACAAACCGCUGAGCGAAGCACAGCUCGCAGAAUUAUGGGAAUGGGCGCCGCUGGAAGCAAACCAGGAAGCGCGGCGGAGGAACUGGGGUGGGAAUUAUACGCUUGAGGAGCGCGAGGCUGGGAUAGAGAAUGUCGUUACGGGGUUGAGGAGGAAGUUGGAGGAUGAUGAGUCGGAGGAGGAGAGCGAGGAGGAAGGAGAUGGGGAUGAGAUGGAUGUUGUUGGGGUGGCGCGGAAACCUGGUGCUGCUGAGUUGGAGUUUAAGAUUGCUCCUCAUCAUACGCAUCCUGUGCAGCCGUUUGUGCCGUUGGAUCUUAUCUUGAGACAUAUGACUACCGGGCGCAUGCCGUAG